AUGGCUACCUCACUCGCCGUCGAUAAACCCCAUUUGCCGCCUGCUGAAGCGGAUAUGAACGAUCCUUUCGUAUCCCCGCCUGGUCCAGCCCACAAUCGCUACUCUGCCUACGACAGCCAAUCCUUCAGCUCAUCACCAGGCCAGGCGAAGCGCGCAUUACAAGCACACAUUGCAGAUACCGAACAACGCCUCGACGAAGCCGGAAAGCUAGGAACCGCACUAGUCCACCAGCGCAAGGAACUUGCAGAACGAUUGAAGGAAGUGGAAGAGCAGGAAACAGAAGGAGAACUCGCUCCCGAGUUGCGCGCCAAGCUCGCCGAUAUCGAAAAAGAGUACAACGAUGUUGCUCGAGAGACUGCCAGGGCUUUCUUGCCCAAACAGAGAGUCCCCAGCAAUGAAGCCGCUGGAGGUUCACCCUACGUCCCUGACGGAAGAAUAGGAAGACGCUCCGUCAGUCCAUCCAAAUUUGAGAAGCUCGAGAUUCAGGCCACCGGAUCGCCUAGUAAGCUCAGCGUCCCGAAUCGCAAAGUUAGAAACCAGCCCGCCAAUCGCAUCCACGAUAUCGAGUUUGCCGCCGAAAUCAGCACAUCCUUGAUUGCCCAGGUUCGCAACCUUCAAUCACUCCUAUCCGAAAAGGACGAGGAGCUUCGCGACAUCAAGGUCGACAAGUCCAAACUUGAAAUCGAAAACGAGAACUUUCAACAACGUGUUAAGACUCUGGACGAAAGCGAGAAUCGGUACAAGGACGAGAAUUGGAACCUCGAGACUCAAGUCCAUGACUUGAUCGCUUCGCAGAAAGACGCUGCCGAUCGAGAGAAGAAGCUCACCCAAAGCCUCAAUGUCCUCCAGGUGGAGAAGAACUCGGCGCAGAAGGAGCUCGAUGAUGCUAAGGUCUCACUUGCCAAGCUCGCCGAGGAACAUGAGCGAGCUGUGAAGCACCUCGACCUCGACUUGACCACCUCCAAGCGGAAUGCGGCCACGGCGGAAACCGAGAGAAACGCCUUGCGAAGAAAGGUUGACGACUUGAUGAGCCAGAACACGGAGCUCGCCAAGGCCAUUUCAGUCCAGCGCGGCCGCAUGUCCGAUCGCGACUUUGUUCGCGGCGUUAGCGACGAGGACUUUGAGACCGCGACAGACGGAUUCACUCCCGAGCACUCACCGCCGCCCUCGCCCAUCAAGGGUACUCCUCGCCACGCUAUGCUGGAGUCCGAGACGCUCAAGAGCUCUCUGAUGCACGCCCAGCGAACCAUCCAGAGCCAAAAGACUGUCAUUCACCGUGAGAAGACCGAGAAGCUCGAGCUUAAGCGACUCCUCCAGGACACGCGCGAUGAGUUGGAGAAGCUCCGUGCUGACGCCGCCCCCGCCCCUGCUCGUCGCACCCGCAAGGUUGAGUCGAGAGAGUUCAAGAAGCCAUCCCGCGGCUUGCUCGGCGGUCACCGCAGCAGCAGAAACGAGGUCUACCAGGACGACAACGAAUGGGAAGAGGCCACUGAGAUUGGCAGCCCGAGAACUUCACCCACCCUUCGCUCAAACUCCACCGUCCGCAGACCCGGUAGCCGACCCGGCAGCAGCUACAGACCCCAAUUCACCGACGUCAGUGACGCUUUCGAGACUGCCAACGAGACUAGCGACGCUGCCUUGGAGACUGCCAACGAGCGUGGCACGGAGACGGAGGACUUCCAGACCGGCGUGGAAGACUUCUCUGGAGGCGAUGACACCGAGACUGAGACAGAAAGCCCGUCUAAGGGUCGUGGACUGCGUCCUCAGACUCUUGUAAUGGGAGGAGGCCGAGACUCGUACGACAGCACUGCGUCAACCUCAGCCGAUGAGGAUGAAGAGUAUAUCGAGUACAGGACGCCAUCGUCGCAGUACAACAACCAGCGCAUGCGUGUCAGACUGGGACGAGGACUGGUAAACCGCCGUUCUAGGCAGGCCAGCGAGGAGCCAAACUUCCAGAGCAGCCCUGCCAGCGCUGCUACAGGCAGCGCUACCGGAACACCACAGGCGACGGAGGGCCAGAGCUUGUUCGCAGAGCUCGGUGAGCUUGAGACCAGUGAUGCUGAGAGCAUUGAAGAGACGCCGAGCCGCGCUAGAUCCGCCACUGCCGAUUCCACAUCCACACCGGCAGUGCCCACUCUGUCUCACGACUCGGUCAACACCGGCAGCAUGACGGACCCUGUUAAGAGAGCGGCCGCGGCUUCAAGGCCCUUGAUGGUCGACUCUGGUAUGAUGACAGAGCCCAUGAUCGAGUCGCCUCCGUUGUCCCCUGUCAGCGUUGUUCACGAUGACAAGGUUGAGUCAAUGGCAUCCAUGAUGGCCGCCAGCCAGGUCGCCCGUCACUUGUCCCAAGACGAUGCCACAGACGGAGUGCGCUCCAGACCGUUGUCCACACUGUCUUACAGUGACUCUGGUGCUCAGUACGAUCGGGAUAUGGAUGCUAAGCUGGCACAAUUCCCCAUGCCGCCAUCUAGCCCGCAGCACUCUGUUCUGCCGCCGCCUCCCGAGCUCAGUCUGUCGUCCAUCGACGCUCAGGAUAUCGAGCCAGUCGUCGAGCCCGUGACGCCGCCUCCAGCUCCAGCUCCUCUGACCAUGACAUCUCUUGUGUCAGAAGUCGUUGAGCCCAAGGCAGAGCCUGAGGUUCCGGCUCCUGUUUUGGCUUUCACUCCGCUUGUCUCGGAGAUUGUCGAGCCCAAGGCUGAACCCCCGGUCCUGCCUCCGACCCUGAGUAUCUCAACUUACCUCUCAGAGGCGGUCGAGCCCGUGGCCGAGCCUGAGGUGCCGCCUCCGGUCCUGAGUCUGUCGGCUCUUCAUGCCCACAACCUUGAGCCCGUGGCCGAGCCCGAGACUCCCCCGCCGACGCUGUCAUUGUCGGCCUUGCGUGCUCAUAAUCUUGAGCCUGUUGCUGAGCCUGAGACGCCACCUCCUGCUCUUAGCCUGUCGGCGCUGCACGCCCACAACUUGGAGCCGGUAGCCGAGCCCGAGAUCCCCCCCCCGGCUCUCAGCCUCUCUGCCUUGCACGCACACAGCCUUGAGCCCGUCGCGGAGCCCGAGAUUUCUCCCGCGGCUCUCAGCCUUUCUGCCCUGCACGCACACAACCUUGAGCCCGUCGCGGAGCCCGAGCUCGUGAUCCCGGUGCCAGACCUCACCUUGUCGGCCCUCUUGUCCGAGCACAUUGAGCCCAAGGAAGAGCCUGAGACGUCCAGAUCUCUCGCGGCGAUCCCUGCUCCCAUCCCGGUGCCAAUCUCAGCACCAGCGCCGACCCUCAGUCUCUCAUCCAUUGCAUCCGAAAACGUGGAGCCGCGAGAGGAGCCCGAAGUCCCUGUCGUUGUGCCCACGCUCAGUCUUUCAGCAAUCGCCACUGAGCAUGUCGAGCCCAAGGCAGAGCCUGAAGUCGUCCCACCGGCGCCAACCCUCAGCCUCUCAGCGCUGUACUCUCACAACCUGGAACCUCAAGCAGAGCCCGAGGUCUUGCCUCCCGCUCUCAGCUUGUCGUCCAUCGUGGCCGAGGACGUAGAGCCCAAGGCCGAGCCCGAGAUCAUUCCAGAGGUACCGGCGCUUUCGUUCUCGUCUAUUGCAGCUGAGGACAUCGAGCCACAAGUAGAGCCCGAGGUGAUUGUGCCCGUCCCGGUUCUCAGCCUCGCGUCAAUUUCUUCCGAGAACAUCGAGCCCAAGGCCGAGCCUGCGCCAGCUCUUACCAUGUCUUCGAUCUCAUUCGCAAACAUUGAGCCUAUCGCAGAGCCGGUGGUGUUGCCACCAUUGCCCCCAGCCCUUGCGCUCUCCUCCAUCUCAUCGGAGAACAUUGAGCCCAAGGCAGAGCCUGAGGUUCCAGCUCCUCCGCCCGCACUCCUCGCGUACUCGAACAUUUCAUCCGAGCACGUCGAGCCUCGUGCUGCUCCUCAGCCUAUUCUGGACUUCUCAUCGGUGUUGUCUCAGCACGUAGAGCCCGCUAUGGCGCCGGAAACCGUGGCGCCCAAGCCCAGUUUCGGUUUCUCCACGAUCGAGUCAAUUGAGACGCAACCCAUCUCGCCUAGAAGCCCGAAGCGGGAUGCUUUUAUUCUUCCCCGCAACAUGGAUUCGCCAUUCGAUGAGAAGGAUGCGCCAAGGACGCCCUCCAAGAAUGCUCUGAUGAGCUCCGUCUUUGGUCGGGGAAAGAACAAGGCCUCCGACAGCCUUGUUAUCGCGGAGGACGACACUCGGCAAUCGCCUAGCGACGAACGUCUGUCCGAGACUCCCGAGUCUCAGCGGCCGUUCAAGGAGAUUUCAACUAACGCCACCGGCCGCCCUGCACCCAAGGUUAUCGUCCCCAUGUCCGACUCAGGCGCCCAGACUUCCCUGACCGCCGAGGCGAUUGAUGAGAUGCUCCUCGCAAAGACCAAGGACACGUCCGACAAGUCAUUGUCGAGCUUCGGCACCCCGAGCACUCCUGGCACCGUUCGCAUUCGUCGUCCCUCCCACGACAGUCUCAGCAGUUUCUCCACCGAGAACAAGAUGGAUACAGCAUUUAGAAGGCCAGGAAGUGCGAACAGCAACCUCGCGCCGACUCCACCGCUACCUCCUCUCCCGCCCAACCACAAGGAAGCCAUUGAGGCUGCGAGAACUGGCUCGUCGCAUAGUGCGGUUAUGGGCCCUCCCUUGUGGCCUGCCUCUGCUAUGAGAAACCAGCGACCACAGACUCCCAACGGCACCGCCAGACCGCAGUCCCCGCUGUCAAUCUCGACAGCAAUGAAGGCGACGCCUGUUGCUCGUGGCACGCGCGCUGGUUCAGCGUACGGCACCGCUGAGGUUCACUCACCGACUAAGUUGUCUACUAUGAGCAGACACUCUUCGGUGUCUUCGUUCGUCUCCGAGAUCGAUCACCGUUUCAACCCUCAAGCCGAGCUGGCUGCCGCAACAGGCUUCGGUCCUAACACCGAUCCCCGCAUGAUCCAGGCCAUCACGCAGACCAUGAUCGGCGAGUACCUCUGGAAGUACACCCGCAAGGCCGGUAGGGGAGAAAUGUCCGACAACAGACACAGACGCUACUUCUGGGUUCAUCCGUAUACUCGGACUUUGUACUGGAGCUCCCGUGACCCGGCGACUGCUGGUCGCCAGGAGCUUCGCGGCAAGAGUGUGCCCAUCGAGGCCGUUCGUGUGGUCACCGACGACAACCCAAUGCCACCCGGCCUGCACCGCAAGAGUUUGAUCGUCAUCUCUCCCGGCAGAACCAUCAAGUUCACCUGCACGACUGGCCAGCGCCACGAGACGUGGUUCAACGCCUUGUCAUAUCUCCUGCUUCGCACAACCGACGAGGGCCAGUCCGAUGUCGAGGAGAUGGCCGGUGCCAUCACCCAGGCUGACGUGGACGAGUUCAACCCGCAAUUCGGCCGCCGCACCAACUCCACGGCCCGUCCCAGGCCGCCUCCGUCUCUGUCAUCAUACAACUCACGGACAACUCGCAACCAGUCUCCGGCAGUCGACAUGUCAAUGAACGUGCCUACGCUCACACCGAACAAGCACUCGAUUGCUCAGGCUCAGAGACCCACCAUGGCUGGUAGGAUUAGUGGCUACUUUGGCACCUUCUCGAGUCUGAGGAGCCGCUCCGCUGCGGCCCCGACCCCAAGCAUUUACGAGGCGAGCGAGGUGCACGACAGCGCUGAAGACCUCCGAGAGAUUAUUGAGAGACAAGAUCGGGAUGCCGACCGGCUCGAGAACGUGCGCGCCUGCUGUGAUGGCAAGCACGACGUUGGUACUCUUCACCACCACCCUAAGAGGGGUCGGCCUUCUGGCGCCCAUUCUCACUCUCACUCCCACUCCCAAUCUGGACCCUCUACGUCUGCCACACCCAUGAGCACCGUGAGGGCGCGAUCAUAA